AUGGUUGGAAAUCGUCCACAAGAAUAUACAGGGCCUAAAAUUGCUGCUUUCCAAACAAUCGCCACACACUCGGCAGAUGAAGAACUGAGGUACUUACAAAAACAAGUUCGUCAGUUAAGGGGCAUAAAUUGAGAAGAACAUUGUAAUGCUAUUGCAGCCUAUCAGCCUUCUACAAGAGGACAUAACCGCUUUAAUAGCGAAUCAGAAGAACUGCAGCACCUUAAAGAAGAAAUCAGACUUCUAAAACUUGCCCAGCGUGGUCCGCAACAACAACAACCACAGCAAUUCCAGAACCGCUUGAAUUACGGUAGCCAAGAUGCCUUUCAAGAAAGAAUGAUGAAUGAAAUACGUCGAAUGCAAGCUCGCGUAGACGGGUUCGUGAAAGUCCAUGCAAAUAGCCUGCAGUGCAGGCGUUUUCUCUGAGCGCUCAAUUUGCUCGCGAAAGCGACAUGUUGAAACUUCCCGAAGAGACAAGAACAACCGAGAGUGCGGACCCGGGAGGGGCGCCCGGUUUGUGACAUCUGUGGUCGAGUGGGUCACGUGAGACAGAACUGUUAUGCUAGAAUUAACCGACGGAAUCAAUAUCAAAUCCUCAAAACACUCAGUCACGCCCACAGUCAGGCCCAAGAAUUGCUGCUUUAGAAGCCGAAGGUACCGCAGAACCAUCCUCGGAGACCCAGGGGCAGUCAGUGGACCCGGGAGAAAAGACGCGACGAAAGGAUAGCGCUAUCCAACGUUUUAACAACCGGGGCCAGGAAUACAGCCCUGUGGCAAGACAAAAUGACGUAAGCAAGCUUCCCCAUUAUUAUAGUGCUUUCAUGCACAGGUGCAAGAAGACCAGUCGCUUCUUUCUCAAAUUCUUCAUCAUCCUUUUGCUGAUGUCACCCCAUGGACAUGUCAACUCACAAAUCAAGCGAGAGUCAGCAACCGUCUUACUCGAAGAAAGCAAAUUAGUCAGUGAUCCUGAGUUUACCACGUCAAUUCUUUCACCUGAACAUUUUGAAAGUAAGUCACCCAGUCGCGUCCAAGCAAAUUACCACCUUCGUCUACAGUUCUUAUUUCUUCUCAUUCCAGUUCGCCUGAAAGACUCCAGCAUCAUCAUAGGACAAUCCCUCAAACUAUCAGAAAAAGCAACUGCAAUUUAUGAACAUCAAGAACAAAGGAACAUUCCACACCCAGAUCCGUGA